AACAAUUUCAGCCAUUUGGACUCAGCUCAGCCACUACAGAGGAAACAAUGACUUCAACACAGAAGGACCAACAUGGAGCAAGAAGUCAGCGCUCUCAGAAGGCCGACAAACCUCACAGAAGAAAGAGAGAGAAAACCUACAGCUGUGAUGAGUGUGGGAAGGAUUUUACCCGGAGUGACAGCCUAAAAACACACCAACUCCUCCACAGUGGGGUUAAACCUUACAGCUGUGACUUGUGUGGAAAGUCUUUUACCCUGGCUCGAUUCUUAAAAAAACACCAACUCAUCCACAGUGGAGUUAAACCUUACAGCUGUGACUUGUGUGGAAAGUCUUUUACCGAGGCUGGAACCUUAAAAAAACACCAAGUCAUCCACAGUGGAGUUAAAGCUUACAGCUGUGACUUGUGUGGGAAGGAUUUUGCCCGGGCUAGAGGCUUAAAAAUACACCAACUCAUCCACAGUGGAGUUAAAGCGUACAGCUGUGACUUGUGUGGGAAGGAUUUUGCCCGGGCUGAAAGCUUAAAAUCACACAAACUCAUCCACAGUGGAGUUAAAGCGUACAACUGUCACUUGUGUGGAAAGUCUUUUACCCACGCUCAAACCUUUAAAACACACCAACACGUCCACAGUGGAGUUAAACCUUACAGCUGCAAAUUGUGUGGAAAGUCUUUUACCCAUUAUCAAAGCUUAAAAUCACACCGUAUCAUGCACAGUGGAGUUAAAGCACACAGCUGUGAGUUGUGUGGUAAGGCGUUUGCUCAAAAACCCGACUUACAGAGGCAUCUAAUUACCCACUCUGGAAUUAAGGCGUACAGCUGCAACUUUUGUGGAAAAAGUUUCAGCGACAAACACUACCGAAAUAAUCACCUACGGAUUCACACUGGAAAUGAUGUUUCCUGCUGUGAUCAGUGUGGGAAACUGUUUAUAAAUGUCGCACAGUUAAAACUACACAUGUUUAGCCACACUGAGGAGAGACCUUAUAAAUGUGACCUGUGUGAGAAGACUUUUAAAUCUCCACAUCACGUGAGAAACCACCGACGGAUCCACACCUGAAAAUAACUCUAAAAGGGCAGUUACUGUGAGGAUGUAUUGAUUUUUUAUCUUGUAAUUUUAACCUGAGUGUUUGGAACAAAUCUGAUCAGUAAACUUUUGGAGUUAUACUGAAUGAACUGUUUGGAAAAAUGAAGAGUCAUUUUUGUCCAGUAAGCUCAGUGUUAUAAUGUAAACAGUAAAAUGUAAUUGGACAUUGGCAGAGAUGCUUUUUUAUUUCAGGCGACAUUCAGGAUAAAAAUAAAAAAAGCAGAGCGACGCACAUAGAUCCAGUUCUCAACCCUGUCGUCACUGUGGUGGUGGGCAAGUUUCUCUGUGACCUUUGUGGAAAAACUUCCAAUCAUCAACGGGACCUAAAACCUCAUCAACGUAGACACACUGGAGAUAAAAUGAACGACU